AUGGUCUGGAAUCUAAUUGUUCCAUUUGUCUAUCGUUAUACAAGAGUCAUUACUUUCCCCGUUGCUGUUGUUCUCGGUGGUAUUGGAUAUUACAUUGAACGUCGUUACCGUGGUACACCAACAACACCUGUUCCUCACGAAAAAAGUAUCAUUGACGAACGAUCCGAUCGGCAACGUCAACAAGAACUCAUAGCUUCUCCAUACAAAAUGGACAGUGUGAUACCGACAACUAUAUUUGUGAGAAAUGAUCCCAACGAUUUGAAAAAAUUUACUUAG